CUCCAUUUAAAAUUUCCCGCCCUUCCUUCUAAACCAAUCAUUCUCUUUUGAACCGAAUGGCCGCAGAGGCAUCCGAUCCGUUGAUCCGGGACGGCAGUCCGGGACAGUCCGGGACGGCCAUAGUGAAUGACGGCGAUCGCGAAUGUCUUUCGCACAGUGUUCCGUGGGUGAUUUUGCGGCGUGAGUACUCGAAAUUUGGUGUCAUAUGAUUCAUCCGGAAGGUAAAAAUGCAGAAUGUAGCACAAGGAACGACCUCGGAUAGCCAGAAACACAACGAGAAAGCAUCGAGUGUUCACCACGAGAUUGGGAAGACGUCGUCGACUCCCCAAUCUUCCAUCUCCAGCCCAACAAAGUCGGAGAACGAGACUUUCUCGGAAUUGCAGCCCCGCUUUAUGACAGAUUCGUCGGAGAGCGAGGAGGACAGUGUUUCCGAGGUGGAGUGUUUUGCAAUUGAUCAAUCUGAGUUAGAGGAAGAUACUCACCCAGAGAGUUCCAAGUUUUUAUUAGCACCUGAAGAUCCGGAGCGAUCUGUUGACCCUGAAACUCAGGCACGCCUUGAAGCUCUCCUCGAGGCAGCCGGUAUCGGGAAGCUUUCAUCCGGUGAUGGGAAACACCUGGCCGAUCACGAGGUCCUCCGUCGUUUGACGUCUAGUGUUUCGUGUGCAUUGGAUGAAGCAGCAGCAGCAUUAACCCGCAUGAGAAGCGACAACCCACGUAGCCAAAACGAAAAGCGUUCUCUCGUCGAAGCCUGCACCGACGGAGACGUAGGCACUGUUAAGAAACUUUUGACGGAGGGACGAAGUGUGCACGAAACUACAGAAGAGGGAGAGAGUCUGCUCUCCCUGGCUUGUUCCGCGGGGUAUUACGAGCUUGCACAGGUAUUGCUAGCAAUGAGUGCCAACGUGGAAGACCGUGGAAUUAAGGGGGAUUGCACCCCUUUGAUGGAAGCGGCCAGUGCAGGGCACGCAGAUAUUGUACGAUUACUCAUAGCUCAUGGAGCGGAUGUGAAUGCUCAGUCAACAUCAGGUAACACACCGCUCAUGUACGCCUGCGCUGGUGGCCAUGAAGAAGUAGUGAGAGCGCUACUGGACGCAGGUGCCAAUGUCGAAGACCACAAUGAAAAUGGUCAUACACCUUUGAUGGAAGCAGCUAGUGCAGGGCAUGUUCCAGUUGCCAAGAUCUUGCUGGAUCAUGGUGCAGGCAUUAAUACUCAUUCCAAUGAAUUUAAGGAGUCUGCGUUAACGCUAGCUUGCUAUAAAGGGCAUUUAGACAUGGUUAGAUUUCUUCUUGAGGCGGGAGCUGAUCAGGAACACAAAACUGAUGAAAUGCACACUGCUCUUAUGGAAGCUUCGAUGGAUGGUCACGUGGAAGUAGCACGCUUACUUUUAGAUUCCGGUGCACAAGUUAACAUGCCAACCGAUAGUUUCGAAUCUCCCUUGACCCUGGCUGCAUGUGGGGGUCAUGUGGACUUAGCCAUGCUUUUAAUUGAAAGAGGUGCCAACAUCGAGGAAGUGAAUGACGAAGGUUAUACGCCUUUGAUGGAAGCUGCACGCGAGGGUCACGAAGAGAUGGUAGCCUUGCUUCUCAGUCAAGGUAGAGCGCUUAUCAACACCCAGACGGAAGAGACUCAAGAAACUGCUCUCACGUUGGCUUGUUGUGGAGGAUUUCUGGAGGUUGCGGAUUUUUUAAUUAAGGCCGGAGCGGAUAUCGAGUUGGGUGCUUCCACACCUUUAAUGGAAGCAGCCCAGGAAGGGCACAUAGAUCUCGUCCGGUAUUUACUCGAAUCCAACGCUGACGUGCAUGCCCAAACGCAGACGGGAGAUACCGCCUUGACGUAUGCCUGUGAAAACGGUCAUACGGAUGUGGCGGAUCUUCUCAUGCAGUUUGGUGCUAAUUUGGAGCAUGAGUCCGAAGGCGGUAGAACACCUUUAAUGAAGGCUUGUAGAGCUGGUCAUCUUUGUACUGUGCAGUUUCUUGUAUCCAAACGGGCGGAUGUUAAUCGUCAGACAACAAACAAUGACCACACCCCACUCUCCCUGGCUUGUGCCGGCGGGCAUCUUGCCGUCGUAGAACUGCUACUAGGACAAUCUGCUGAUCCAUUCCAUAAGUUGAAAGAUAACUCUACAAUGCUGAUUGAAGCUGCAAAAGGCGGGCACACAAAUGUCGUUCAGUUGCUGUUAGAUUAUCCUCAUAGCAUCAUGAUGGGCACACCUCAUUGCCCUACAACCACGCCAAUGCUUUUGCCCCAACAACCGCAACAGCAACAACCCCAACAACCGCAGCAGCAGCAGCCACAAAAUUUUACUCAUCAACAGCACGUGCCUCAUCAACAACCACCCUCCACUCAGCAGCAGCAGCACCAACAGCAGCAAGCCACCGAACAAACCCAAACUCAAAAUAUUCAACCUAAGCAUAACACGCAGAAGUCUCUCUUGAGAAAGAAUCGAUCUGUCACGAUGAUGCCAGAUAUGAGUCUCACUUCAGCCGAAGCGCAACAGGUUCGAACGCAGCCUGCAGGCGAGUCCGUUGCACCAACUAAAGAUGAUACCAAUAUCCUAGAUAAAGGAAGUGGAGGAUUCGCGAGUCUUUCCGAUCCCAAUAUUAGUCUUAGCCCCGCUCCUUCUGCUAUUACGACGCCCACAACCUCCGAGUGUCGAAAAACUACCAAUUGCACUCGACAAGAACAAAUUCUCCAUAAGCAGCAAAUUCUUGAAGAGCUGCAGGUACAGAGGGUAGAGCGAGAACUUCAGAUGAAGGGAGCAGGUCACCUGUUUUUAAGUCCUUCGGGUGCAACUAUCGAUUCCAUCGCAGCUGCACAGCCUCAGCAGCAGCAACCUCUUCAGCAACUCCAACAGCAGGAUACCGUGGAUUCAAAGGCGCUCUUGACUAGCACGCUCAACAUAGAUUUACCUGCUCAAUCAAAUGCAGCUGCUCUUGCAGGCGUGUCAGGAGUGUACUCGACUUCGGAAAACAACCGGCAAUUGACGUGUUAUUAUGAGGGUUAUAUUAAUGGAAUGGACAACAGAGGCGUGAAAGACAACUCGCAAGAUGGAUCACAACUCUCUUUGACUCCUUCGAUCGCCGAGACUUUCCCCACGUCAACCACCUUUCCGACCUCUCCACCAAUGUCGCUUGCAACCGUACCUGCAACAUGUGUAACGUCAGCUCCAGCUCCCAGUGCAUCAUCCACGACUAUACCAAGUCCUCCCAACAUCUCAACCCCUCCUGUCGUCACCAACGUUUCCCAGCCCAUUACAGCUAGUAGUGAUGUCAGCCAAAACACCGCUAUCAGCGACCGCCCGAAAGCCAAACCCGUUUCCAAGAAAGAGGGUAAAAACAUUCGGAAAGUCGGAAAUGCCCUGAGCGCGAAACUUCAGCAGCAACAGGCGACGCUAAUGGCUGGUCUGCAACAUCAAUAUCACCAGAAGCAACGGCAACAUACGUACCAAGUUCAGCAGGUUCACCAACUCCAGCAACUAAACCAGCAACUUCAGUUACAACUCGAUCAAGUACAAGUACAGCAACAGCAGCAGCAACAACAAGGUGGUGUCGGGGGUGGCAGUGGAGGCGGCAUUUUGAUGCCAAGUCAGCUGAUGGCGCACCUCCACCCCACUCACACCCACUAUCUUCUUGGCCAGCAACCACCGCAAGAAAAUCUCGCGGAAAUGGACCCGGAACUCGCCAGAUUACACCGGGAAGGAGCUUGUCCGUUUUUUGCUGCAGCACAGAAAGCAAAAUCUCUUGGUGUCGACGACGUGUUCAGCGAUACUUCGCAAAUUCCCCUUGAAGAAGCCGUUGACAUCUUCAGAUCGCUGAGCAUGGAUGAAACUGCGUCUGUAACGGAGGAUCCUGGAAAGUCUGAGCUGAAAAAGCUGGAACUUGCCGGGAAAGUUCAGCAGCAACAACUUGGCCAGGUAGUUCAACAAACUACCAAUCUUCAUACAUCUCGCGAUUAUUUUCCUGCUUCUGUUCCACCGGUACCUUCCGUUCCCACGAUUCCUUCGGCAUCCAUGCCUUUGCCGUCGUUACAGGUGACGACAGCUGGUGUUCAGAUACAAGCUGACGUGUCUACUGGAUUGCAAAUAACAUCCACGCAACCCUUACCGAGGAGAGUGAUCAAUGCUUUCGAGGCAGGUCUCAACCUAGGUAUGCAAGCGUGCAUUAAUGAAGAGAACUUCCAACCUCAGUUACUUCUACAAUCUCAGCUGACGUUUCCAGCUCAAACAUUACCCGCUGUAUCUGGCGUAGCGGCUGUUGCCGAGGUUUCACCUCAUCCUGUAUGUGGUGCUGUUCAGGCGACAGCUUGUAACACCAACCAAGUUCAGGUAGCUACCCAAACGCAAUCGCCAGCCUCUUCAGCGACUUCUACCGGCGUAGGACCCGAUAGAAAGCAAGUUUAUACCGCUCCAGCCAGCAGCAAAGGGAAAAAGGCUAGAUACCCACUUCUUUCUCAACAGCAAACUACUGCCACUGCCCAGCAGCAGACUCCUAAUUUUCCUGCGCAAAACUACCAGUUGGAUCCAGCAGCUGUUGCUGGACAAUAUACUACUGGUGUUCCAACGGUUGGCGGCUAUGCAGCUAAUCAAGUACCACCCGCGCCAUUUUCUUGCAUGGAUGUCGAUUCCGAAACCGAUAGCAAUCACGAUACUGCCCUAACCUUGGCUUGUGCUGGCGGCCACGAGGAUCUCGUAGAGCUUCUCCUGAGCCGUGGAGCUGAUAUCGAACACCGAGACAAGAAGGGUUUCACACCUUUGAUAUUGGCGGCUACGGCUGGCCAUCAAAAAGUAGUAGAAAUCCUUUUGAAUCACGGAGCGGAAAUCGAAGCCCAAUCCGAACGAACAAAAGAUACACCUUUAUCGCUUGCCUGCAGCGGAGGCAGAUACGAAGUAGUCGAACUUUUGUUGACCCGAGCUGCCAACAAAGAACACCGCAAUGUUUCUGACUACACUCCACUCAGUCUGGCUGCCUCUGGUGGAUACGUUAAUAUCAUCAAACUUCUUCUCAGCCAUGGAGCUGAAAUCAAUUCUCGAACGGGAUCUAAACUCGGCAUUUCUCCCCUCAUGCUUGCUGCCAUGAAUGGACACACAGCCGCAGUCAAAUUGCUUCUCGACAUGGGCAGUGAUAUCAACGCUCAAAUUGAAACGAACCGAAACACCGCGCUGACACUUGCAUGUUUCCAGGGUAGGCACGAGGUCGUCAGUCUUUUGCUCGAUCGUAAGGCCAACGUUGAACAUCGAGCUAAGACUGGACUGACGCCAUUGAUGGAAGCUGCCAGUGGUGGAUAUGUGGAAGUAGGAAGAGUUUUACUGAAUAAAGGUGCGGAUGUAAACGCUACACCUGUUCCAUCGUCUCGAGACACUGCUCUCACGAUUGCUGCUGACAAAGGUCACUGUCGCUUCGUAGAAUUACUUUUAUCCAAGGGAACGCAAGUCGAAGUGAAGAACAAGAAAGGAAACAGUCCGCUGUGGCUUGCUGCGAAUGGUGGACAUCUGAAUGUCGUAGAUUUACUUUACCACGCAGCAGCAGACAUAGACUCCCAGGAUAAUCGUAAGGUUUCGUGUCUGAUGGCAGCGUUUAGGAAGGGUCACAUAAAAGUAGUCAAGUGGAUGGUGAGCCACGUAACCCAAUUCCCGAGCGACCAAGAAAUGACAAGGUAUAUAGCGACAGUCAGUGACAAGGAAUUACUAGAAAAAUGCCAAGAAUGCGUCAAGAUUAUUCGAGCGGCGAAAGAAACCCAAGCUGCGAAGGCGAAUAAGAACGCAACCAUACUGUUGGAAGAAUUAGAUAUGGAGAAAACGAGAGAGGAAUCCAAAAAAGCCGCCGCCGCACGCAGAAGGGAACGCAAGAAGAAGAAGAAGCUCGAAAAGAAGGAAGAAAAGCGAAAACUAACCGAAGAAAACAAGAAGAAUGAGACCAUUUUUGAAGAUAAGGAAGAUGAGAAAAAGUCGGGUGACGAAGAUGGAGACAGAGGAGAAGACAGCGACCAUGAGGGAGCAGACAGUAGCGAACGAAUGGACAAUGUGCCCUCUCCUGUUAGCAGGAGUCCUGAAGACCCCGAUAAAGAGGAAGGCGACAGCGGUAUCGAUGCCAAUAGUCAAGGAAGUUGUAGUAGCAACGAUGUCAAAGCUAGGGAAAAGAAAAAAGAGAAGAAGAAAAAGAAAAGCAGUAGUCCUAGUGUCAAUGAAAAAGAUACUUCACCGCAUCGGCUUCCCAAAACUGUUUUAUCCGCUAGUUCAAAUUUAUCGCAAACCACGAUCUCGACAAGUAAAUCACAAACUGCUAUUACUGAAAAACGAAACACAUCUAGCUUUUCCAGUGGAAUGGCGUGUUCUUCAUCGUCCCUGUCCAACACCAGGAGCUCAAACGUUAAUGCAGCUAGUUGUAAUGAUCGAAAGCUCAAAGCUCCUAUGGUUUUUGAAUCGUCUAGGCAUCCGGCAGAACGGGAAGAUUUCGAAGCCACGGGAAAUGAGACCUACGUGCCUGGAAAGGGAAAGAAGGUUUUUAACAAUCAAUAUGAUGGGGAAACUUUAAACACCUCGACGAAAUCGAACAGUUCGACAAGCCCGAAACAAGCUGGAAAACGCGAAGAGGGAUGGAAGGAAGUUGUACGAAAGGGUCAGUCUGACGAUUCCGGAAGAUUUAUGAACUCUCCACAUAGAUCGAAAAAAGUUGGUGUUCCUCCAAACGCGAUUAGUCGCGUGAUUGGUCGAGGUGGUAGUAACAUCAAUGCUAUUCGAGGUACGACUGGCGCGCAUAUCGAAGUCGAAAAGCAAAGCAAAUCCCAGGGAGAGAGAAUCAUUACAAUCAAGGGAUCUUUGGACGCGACAAAGCAUGCCCACGCGUUAAUAACGGCGUUGAUCAAUAAUCCAGAUGUGGAUAUUCUACAGAUGCUUGCAAAAACAAAACUUGCCCUCAUUGCGUCAUCGACUUGGGAUAAAACCAUUCCAACUAUUUCUGCGUCCAAGACCAAAGUUGGUGGUGCUGUCAGCAAACCUCCUAGUCUGAUACCAAGUGCUUCAAGUUCACAAGUGAACAAAGGAUACCCCUUAGGUGGAACUACUGUCAAUCAACUUCUUCCUCUUCGAUCAGCUUCAGCAGUCAAACUUUCCGGGCCCUUUUCUACACCUAUACCAAGGGCUACGGCGCCAAGGCUUGCUGCAGCAGCAGAGAAAAGAGCGCAGGCAGCAGCUGCUGCUCAGAUGUCGACGUCGAACACAAAGACUACGAUGUCCUACACGAGCGCAAUCAUGACAGCUGGACGAGCGACAAAGGUCGUGACAGCCAGCACAACGCAGACCUUUGCCGCAAAACUCUCUGAAAUCACUGCCUCGACUCACACUUCGACCACUGUAAUGCAGUCCACUCAUAACGCAGGCAGCAAGCAAAAAUCUUCGCAAGCCUGCACAAUGACAGUGAUAUCUUCGACAGCACCAACGACGCCGCAGACUUCUCCUCAUCAAGCUGCGUCCAACACUUCGCCCAAACACUGCCGACCACUGCCGACUUUGUCCGCUCCACCCACGAUGCCGUCUCACUAUCCUGGAAAGACAAGUUACGUCUCCAACUCAAGUGGACCGCAAUCCACCCCUGGAUCAGUGGUGAACGGUUCUGACAAUCCGACUGUUUCGACACCAGCCGCUUCUGUUCGAGUCACACCUUCGCCGCCGGCCGCUUCUCAAUCUCAAAACAACCAGCAGCAGCAACAACAUCAAAUGCGAAGUUCAACUCCAGUUGCAUCAAUGCAAGAGCAAAAACCGCAACAGCAAUCUAGCACUCCUCUAGAGUAUUCCCUCUUCAAUGAUACUUUCACGAAAGUCACACAACAGUCGAUGUGGGGAGGUCGGGAAGAAUCUCAAAAGGGCAUGAACUUUGCGACCGUUGCGGGUGGUGGUGUUUCCGUUAAUACCUCUGGGGCAUCCCCUAAGUUUAUGGAAAGCGCACCCCCUCAAGUCGAUGCGUCUAAAGCUCCAGGAUACAGAGGUACCACGAUGUGUUCUCCCGUCUCGAGUAAAUCAAGUAGUACCAACAACGCACCAGGAAAUACCAUCAACAGUGGUGUCUCGCCAUCCGGUGGUCCCAACCCUAUACAACCAUCAUCUCAUAUUCAGUCCUCCAUUACCUAUGAGCAUACCAUUCAGAACAAAGCACCCGGGAGUCUAGCAGUCGCGCGACCAGUUAUGCAACAGCAGAACAUGGAGAUGAGUGCCAACAUGACACAAUUCAACCGACCAGUCUUUCAAGGCGACAUGGGUUCCAGGAACACUGCUCCGCAUCAGCAACACGUUAUGCCGGCGACCUCACAACCGGCAAUGGAGUUGUUCAAGGGAAACAAUAGCGGUUACGAACAUCCGAACGUGAAUUCUAAUCUCUUGAAGAUGGUUCCCAAUGAAGGACAGCCUGGACAUCCCCUAAUGCCUUUCCAUCCUCACAUGCAAAACUAUUCCCAGACAAUUGCGCCUUCUGCAACCGUGAACACGACCGUUAGCAUGUCGAGAUUAAAUCCCAGGGCGCCUGACUUCUCUAGCUCUCUUCAUUUAAACAACAAACCCCAAGUGACGAUGUUCAAUGCGGCACAGGGAAUUCAUCCCAACAUGUUCACCACUGUGCCAGCUCCACCACCUUCGGGAAUGCAGUCUAAUAAUUUAGCGAUGCUCGGGAAUUUCCCACUAGGAAAGUAUCAAGCACCUUCUCGUGGCACACCAAACACCAACCUUUCAACUAAUGGACAAACGCGUUGGCCCUUUGCACCACCUCCACACAAUAGCUAUCCACCGCAUCAGGAUCAGAUGAUGGGACAGAUUAGCUUUUCCAAUCACCUGGCCAAUAUGUCUGGACAAGCUGGGAAUAUGGACUUGAUUACGAGUUUAGAAAACGGCGGUUCGCCGGCAAUGUCGCCAUCUUCACCAGCGCAAGUUGCUCAAGAUAUGAGUCAGAUGAAGAUUGAGGAUCGGAAAGUGCCGAGACCUAUUGGUACGGAGAGAGCGUGGAAGAACUAUAACACUGGAAUGGGUCCAGGAGGAGAUGCCGAUUCAAUAAACUGGAUGCUGAACGAAAAAAUGGUCGGUUCCUGGGCAGGCUUGAACCCUGCGAUGGACAGGCACCAAAUGUUCAGAUCUAAUACCGCAUUCAAUCGUACCUCCAACAUGGACGCUGAGCUGCAUCAGAUGAUGGAAUCCACUUUCCCGGGACACUUGGAUAAUCAACAGCAAUUUCCCAAUGGAAAUGCAGCUGCAAUUUCCUUAAUGCCAGGAUUAGCAAUAUUGCCAGGACAGUUCGGAGCUCCGAAUUUAAGUGAAAUUCAGCCCAACGAAACUGGUAAAAUGGAACAACCUCCAUCCUGGGGAAUGCCCGAUCCUGUCCAAGAUAAACAACAGCAACACCCGGGAUGGAACAAGUGGACCCACUGAAUUAGCAAAGUUAUCCUGUCAGUACUGCUUUCCUCGCCUCACCUGAACCAAUUGCAGACAGACCUGGAAUCCGAAUCAGUAGACGAAACUGGCAUACAAAAGCGCUGUUUCUAGACAUCACAUUAAUUACAAUACUACUUACAUACCUCGACACAUCCACACAAAAACACGUGAGACACAGAUAUCCACAGCUCCAAUAUUACUUGUCAUAGUAGAUGAUAAGAUGGUAAAUCCUUAUUGCUAUUAUCUAUUAAUACUUAUUCGAUACCGAUAUUAAGUGGAAAUGGUGCGCGUAUCCUACUGCAAUCUAAGUAAAGAAAAAAGAAUGCGGCUGACGUUGUUUCCUACUACGUCGAUUUUUAACCAUUGGUAGUUACGUAAUCUCUGUCAUUCUUCGAUAUCAGAAAACGCUGACCCUUUCAUCUUACCGAUGAAGUCGUCAGCUUCUCGCUCUUUCUCUCUAAUUUGAUAAUUUUACUAUAAAGCAUCUGACUCGUUACGAGAAAUUCAAGUAUCGCGUUAACGAGUUGCAUUUGAAUUAUCCGGUAACAUUGUUUGCGCCAACGAGUUUGAAUGUAUUGAAAGUUUCGAACGCCACGAGAUAUAAUUCUUUUUCGAUUUAUUUAUGUUGGAAGUACAUUUAUCUAUUAUUAUCCUCUAUAUGAUUAUAAUUAUUGAAUAUACGUAUGAUUCAUGUACAUAAAUAAGAACUCGCUGUGAAAUUUCUAUUUCUUCGACGCAAUCGAAGAAGGCAGAACAGAAGAUCGGAGAACUCUCCCUCCUCCCUAUGAACCACACGUUACUCUUCCAUUUCCAGAGAGCACCAAUCGCGCACUCUUUAAAUUCUCAUUGCAUUAUUAUACCAGCAGCACUGAUUGAUUGCUUAGCACUAUCCGAAUCUACGCGUUCCAGACCUGACCACUUUCUCAAUAAUAAGCCCAAGAAAGAAAAAAAAAAGAUCCUCGAACAACAUCAGAGGCUACUACGAUUUUAUCCUCGAGUAAACGAACUGCUACGAUCUGGAGAUUAUGAGCGGCUUGCUCGAACUUCUACUUGAAAAAAGUCGUUGAAUUUAGAGGAUCAUGCACUGGAGGGAACGGAAGAUUUCCUUCAAGUAACUAACGGAUGGACAUGUUUUUAGCCAGAAUUUUCUAUCAAGGUCGCACGUUAUGACGGCCAGGCUCUCGGGGUAAAAAGUCUAGCAUUUUGUAGACGUCGAAAGUCGAAAGAGCGCUUUGAACACGAAAGCUUUAAGCGUUCCACGUUAUCGAUACACUAUAAACACAUAUAUGUAUAUCGAAUGCUGUUUGAAAUCAAUGACUACUGAUCAUUGUUAAAAUGGUAGCGGGCCGUCGAUACAUAAUAUAAUUCUGCAUCCUUAGCGACAGUAAUAUUAUAAUACUAUUAUUGCUAUGGUGGUAAUAUCGUUUAUUAUUAUAUUAUGGUUAUUAUUACACACACGUAAGUUUAGAGAAAAAGAAUGAUAUAUAUAGAGAAUAUCUACAGCAGAAAACGCGGAUCCCGCAGGAAUCCAGCGCGAUACUAAAAAAGAAAAAGAAAAAAACAGAAUACACUCGAUGAACAAAAUGUUCGCUUCGAUGGAACAUUUGAGAUAUACUUUCUUGUGGAGGGGAUUUCGGUGAGUGUUCAAUAUACUGCAAUUACGCGGUAAUUGAAACAAUCCCCCAUGUGAGCCUCGACCAAGCUCGUGAAAAAAAAAUUAUAUGAGCGCUUUCGACCUGUAGUUUCAGGGAGCGCUUCGAUUAUUCUCGAUGAUUGUUAUAAUUUAAAGCCUAUUUUCAAAUUUGAUUUACGAUAAUAACUGCGAUAUAUGAUAUAUAAAACUAUUAUAUGACAUAUAACAA